CAGUGCUAGCUGUGAGUUUGGAGAGAGUUGGGAAGUGUGUUUAUGUUGGCGUGGAUGUAAAGUCCUGCAGUGUUCUCCGCUGUUAAUAAAGCCAUUAAAGUGCAUCGGCGACGUGAGUCUCUCCUUCCCCACAACAAGCGGCAUUACAGUAUUGACCAGUGCACACCAGGAAAUAAACGGUGUCAUUUCUUACAGGCAUUGCCGGGACAGCUAUGUAGUGGGGCUUGUUUAACCUUUGCCUUGUGGGCAAGCAGGAAGGAGAGACGAUGCUGAGAGAUGUGUGUGUGUUCUGAGCUGCUGUCUGGUGGCCGCGUUCAAUAAACAAAGUUGGCAGAAGCAACAGGAGAAGUUUCCUUCUUUGCUUCGGAGCUGAAUAACACUGACAAGUUAACAGACUAGUAGCGAACGGAAAAGAAGACGGCUUUGUUUGUGUCGAAUACAGAAGACGAGGACUUUGAUGGAUUUGUGGAUGAGGAUUGAUGAAAAAUAACCGUCGCUGGGAGCACGUCCUGUUCCCAGCCUACUUUGCGGUAAUGUUUUGGUGCAAAUGGUCUUAAAUUUACAUGUUUGACCAGGAAAUAGCAAGCUCAAAAGAAGACGGCUUUUUUAUGUGGAACAACUGACAGUUUGUGUGGAUCUUGUGAAUGAUUGUGACUGAGCUAGGACUCAGUAAUUAAAGUCUACACACGACGGCUUCAUUGAUUGAAAAACAAAACUUUUUCGUGCAUGAAGCUUCUACUUGAGUCGGUAAUUUGGUCGCUAUAUGCGGUCAGAUAUUGACCAAGGGAGACAAAAUGGGUGGCCGCUGGCAGCGUUGGACAGGUGACUGCUAUACACAGGGUCUAAAUACUCCUAUGCGCUUUACGUUGACGUGAUCAAUAAUGCUUGAUUAAAACGUGCAUUGUUUCUCUCAGACAAAGAGCAAAAAAAAAAAAUGUUACAUUCCCAGUGUCAGAGUGCCAUCUACUGGUCAAGCAUGUACAGUAUAAAUAAGGACUUCCUAUAAUGUACAUACAGUAUAAUCUACUGUAUGCAAAAACAACAGCCUCCAUCUCCUCUCAGUCAACGCUUGCCAAGAAGAGAGCCAAGAAGAUACAGUUUUGUCUCAAGGUAUGUUGACGUAUUACGACUUGUGCGUAACUUACAAAUAACGUGUGUGAACGGGCGUCAACAAUCGCAAAAGUUUUGUGCAGUCACAAAAUUUUUGGACGACUUAGAUGUACUACGACGUAUGCUGGCAUGCUUCAGCGUGCUCUUAACUUACACAAAACUUACCCAUAACUUAUUCAACGUACGCCAGCGUGUUGGCUUGGGAACGCCUCGGGAUCCGCCGGGAGGAGCUGGACGAAGUAGCCAGGGAGAGGAAAAUCUGGGCCUCCCUGCUUAGGCUGCUGCCCCCGCGACCCGAUCUCGGAUAAGCAGUAGAAGAUGGAUGAAAGGAUGGACAACCAGGAAGACAACCACGAGUACAACCAUUCAGUUUAGGAGUUUUGUGUUGAUUUUAGCUGAAACAUGAAGACAAAAGGCACAGAGUCACUCGCACGCGACGAGGUAGUUUGAAGUUUAAGUUAAUUGAAGGCGUGAGAAAGAAAGUUGGAUGUUUAGACAGGACCUGUCAAGUCUACGUCGGCAAUCACGCUGCCAAGAGCCAGGAACUGUUUCAGCUUCCGGUGUAUUUGCAAAAUAAAAGCCCCGGUUACAAAAUAAAACCACCAAACGAAAUAAAAUAAAAAUAAAUAAAUCUUGCUGUUUUGUGGUUGAAUAUGGCCUAUUAUUAGUUUAAAAACAAAAGCACAUUAAAGCAAAUUGUACAUAUUUAGUGCCAAAAUUAGGCAUUUUAAAGCAUAAAAGUGGCUAAAUGAAUUAAAAUACAAAUAGAACACACAUUCAAAUUCCAAACGUUGUAAUAUGUAGUAUUGUAUACAGGUUAGCACAGCUCACAUUUACAACAACACACGAGCACGAGUCUUUAUUUUCUCCUAUUAUGUCUAUUAUAUUGGGCAACAGGGGUGUAAAGGUGACUGUAGGGGUGUUAUUUCAUGUCUAGAAGGCUCUAAUACUGUUCUAAAAUGUAUUUUAAAGGGUUUUAAACAGGUUUUGUAUGCUCUAACUACAAAAAUAUUCCAUUCAUAAAUAAGGAAUCCUACUUUGAACAAAUUCACUUAUCAAAGUCUGGUCUGGACCCGAUUCACUUUUGCUUCGCACACAAACUACCGCUGGUAGACGCGUCAGCUGGUAGACGCUGACGCUGCCUAAAGAAAAGUUUCCAGCUGGACCAAAGCGGCUGGAAGGAGAAAAUGGCUGAGUGACAUGUACGGAAAGAAACCGGAUGUGUUUUUCACACGCGUCACCACAAAUGAACCUGGAGCUUAACAUCAUUCCGGGAAGCUUGACGAGGGAACUCCAACCGCUGGACAUCGGUGUAAACACGGCGUUUAAAGUUACGUUGCGAGCUCCGUGGGAGCGAUAGAUGACAGCUAGCGAACACUGGAAUGCAGCGCCGUGCUAGUUUCGCCACAAUUUGUGAAUGGAUGUAAACACGGCGUUUAAAGUUACAUUGCGAGCGGCGUGGGAGCGAUGGAUGACAGCUAGCGAACACAGCUUCACUAAUGGAUUGCGGAUGCUUGGGCUAACGUGUCUGAUGCACUGUUCGAGCUUUGACAAAAGCCAGCAUCAUUUCUGAGGCGCCGCACGGCAACGAGACUGACUGACGAUGACGACAGGGAACCUGGCGUGUUUGAUGGACAACUUGCCCCGCUCUUCAUUUGGGAUAUAAAAGUUGAGGACUUUGAUGGAUUUGUGGAUUAGGAUUUAUCAAAAAUAACGAGGUGAUGGAAGAGGAGCGACCAUGGGCGUUGGUGUCGGAGGUGGGGGGCGAGUUCGGCCUCCUGGAGGACAUGGCUGACAUCAUCAGGCAACACUUCCACAUUGUUUGCUACAAGGACUUCCUUCAAAACCCGCAGCUUCACGCUCCCAGGAUCCAGGUCCUGCUAAUGUGGAAGUACUACCCAGAGGCGGAGCUCAACCUGUUAAGGUCGCUGCCCUUCCUCAAGGCUGUCGUCAGCGGCGGGGUGGGUGUCGACCACAUGGACGUGCGCUCCAUCAACGACCUCGGGGUGAAGGUGGCCAACACGCCUGGUGUGGUGAGUGAUGCCACUGCGGACUUAGCUGUGGGUCUGCUUCUGGCCUCCGCGAGAAACAUUCUUGAGGGUCAUCAAAUUUCCGUCGACAAGGGCACGUUCCGCAUGCCUCAAAGCUUCAUGGGAGUGGAAGUGACAGGGUCGACUCUGGGAAUCAUCGGAAUGGGGGAGAUCGGCUACAAGAUCGCUCAGCGAUGCAAAGGCUUUGAAAUGAAGAUCCUCUACCACAACAGAACCAAAAGGAGCGUGGAGGAUGAGCGAGCCGUCGAAGCCAAUUACUGCCAGAGCCUGAGCGACCUGCUGAGGAGGUCGGACUUUGUCUUGCUCGCCGUCAAGCUGACCUCCGACACCAGCGGCCUCAUCAGCCACAAAGAGUUGUCGCUCAUGAAGCCUUCUGCCACGCUGAUCAACAUCAGCCGAGGUCAAGUUGUGGACCAGGAGGCUUUAGUCCAAGCCCUCCACACGGGAAGCAUCCGCGCUGCCGCUUUAGAUGUGACUCAUCCAGAACCGUUACCGAGGGACCAUCCUCUGCUGGGGCUUCCUAACGUGCUCAUCACCCCCCACAUCGGAAUCAGCACCGUGGCGACAGCUAAGAGGAUUGUAGGCUGCAUGGUGCAAAAUGCUGUGGCUGCAGUAAAAGGCCUUCCUCUUCCCAAUGAAGUCAAGAUGAAGUGAUUCAAGCUCGCUGCAUUAUCCUGUUGGGAAAAGAACCACAAAUUGCUGUCUCUUCUGAAAAUAUGAAAAUAUGUUCAAAUGCUAAAGAGAAACAAAAGUAAAAAAGCUUUUCAAUCAUGACAAUCCGCUGAUACAAAGCCAAUAUGAGUAAUGACAGACAGCAGUGAUUCAUCCACACGUCCCACAGCAGCCUCAAUUUUUCUUCCUGCCAAUUAAUGGCAAAUGCAUUCACAUUUAAUUUGAAUGAAGUUCAACCAACACUUCAGGUUGAUUUUAAGUAGUAGUAGUAGUACUUUAUUAAUCCCACAGCAGGGAAAUUCACUUGUUACAGCAGCAAGCAAGAUACGCAAGUAAAGAAUACAUGGUGACUACAACAUGGUUCAGGUGGUGCAGGUGUUGUAGAGCCUGACAGCGGUCGGUAUGAAGGACCUGCGGAACCUCUCCUUCUUACACCGUGGGUGUAACAGUCUGCUGCUGAAGGAGCUGCUAAGGGAACCCACAGUGUCAUGUAGCGGGUGAGAGGUGUUGUCCAUGAUGGAUGUCAGCUUAGCCAACAUCCUUCUCUCCCCCACUUCCUCCACGGAGUCCAGAGGACCGUCCAGGACAGAGCUCGCUCUCCUGAUCAGUCUAUUGAGCCUGCUCCUGUCCCUGUCCGUGCUGCCCCCUCUCCAGCAGCCCACAGCAUAGAAGAUGGCUGAGGCCACCACAGAGUCAUAAAAGGUCCUGCACACACCAAAGGACCUCAGUCCUUUGGAGGCGACUCUCCACUCUGGAGGUGGAGGCGACUCUGGCCCUUCUUGUAGAGGGCGUGGGUGUUGACAGACCAGUCCAGUUUGUUGUUGUCCAGUUAUACAUAAGUAUAAAUCCACUAUAUAAAGCGUGGCAAUGACAUCACAGAAAAACUGAAUGGAGUAAGCGCCCGAGGUGCAGGGCGUCUAGAAUGGCAACACGGCCGAGAAGGACAUGCCAUGGCUGAGAUCGAAUGGGAAAUGAAGUUUCUCCUCUCAUUACGUAUGGAAGUGGUAUGUUUUCGGCUUUUUAGUCCUUCUUCCCCACUGCGUUUGAAACACUUUAGUUUUGAAAAAAGUAAUUGGAGAGGCUAACUACUGGUAGUUAGCUCGCUAGCUUGCUAUGCUAGCAGCAGCCGUCUGUUAUGUCCCUACGGUGAUCCCAUAGCCUUUGCAAUGUGAUGUGAACAAAGAAUAAUAUUCUUUUCAAAGACCAACAUUUUAGCUGAAUUCACAUUUUGAGUGUAUUUUCUGGGAUUUACAAGCAAAUUUAAAUGCUGCAAAUUGUACUUCCGCAUGAAGAGUAACAAUGUGUGUUAAAAAAAAAUCCACAUUGUUUUUCUUUGCAUUUCUGUUUAUUUAGACCACACAUACACGCAUAAUAAAGAUGUUGUUGGUAUGUUCGGAGUGUCCAAUAAGUGACAAUGAGGAAGCGUGGUCCUGAGGAGGACUAGAGACGUGUUUGUGGGUAGGAGAUAGAUAUAUGGUGUCGGAAUUGCACUGCUGUUGAUGUGUUCAGGUCAGAAUCAAGUUAUGAAAGAGUGUCAGACUACGUGUGACUCUGUGGGGACGCUACUCUUGCCUCCGUCUAUCUUCAUAACAGAGAGGGGUGGCUUGCCAUGAUGUGUAUAUGUGUUAAUUACUCUAAAAUAUAUGGAACAUAAUGAAUUAAUUAAAUUAGUUAUUGCUGUUAGUGCACUAUUUUUGACAGCCCUAAUUUCUUUAUACAUAUCUGUGCUAUAACUGUGACCUCUUAAGAUGAACUUAAAAAGCUUCUGAGCUCUAGAAACCUCAUGAGAUCUUUGCAUUUAAAAGUCCAAGUUUAAUAAGUCAGUGCCCGUUUUGGUACAGCAGAGGGCGCCAUUGUAUAACAACCAUUUAUGUGAGGGUUGAUCGUUGGAACAAGCGCAUGACCGAUUUAUCGGCAGGCCAAUUACGACAUAUCACCGAUUCAUCAAUAUCGGUGAAUAUGUAACCGAUAUAUUAACUUUUUUUUGCUGUGUGGAGAUUCUGUCGCUCCUUUCCUGUGUGUCUCUCUGUGUUGCUCCCUGCCCGAGCCGAGGCCUGCUCUGCAGCAGAGGAACGGCGAAACAAACACAUUUUUUUUACACUAUGGUAAGCUGUGACUCUGUAAAACAUUAUUACACAACACUUUCCAAUUUUUUUAAAUUGAGACAAACAUCAACUUACAAAUUACCAGCCAGUUUCCUUGUUACCCCGAUUUAAAAAAAAUGACCGAGAAGCUAUUCAAUAACAGGUUGGACAACUGUAUCAAUAAGAAUGAAUUACUCGCAGAUAGUCAAUUCGGAUACACAGCUAACAUUUCAACCUCCAUGGUACUGACUGAAAUUACGGAGGAAAUAACGCGAUAGACCACAAAGUGUGCAGCUGCAGUAUUUAUGGAUCUCACAAAAGCCUUUGAUACAAUUAAUCACAACAUCCUAACUACAAAAUUAGAAAUCAAAAAUCCAAACUAAUCAGAUUAGUUUUGAAUUGGGUUAAAAGCUAGCUAGCUAGCAGGAAGCAACAUGUAAAGCUAGGAGAAUACAUAUCUGCAAGUUUAAGUUUAAAUGUGGAGUACCCCAGGGGUCAAUACUGGGACGAAAACUGUUGAACGUGUAUAUCAAUGACAUCUGUAAGGUGACAAAUGACUUAAAGUUGAUAUUAUUCACGGAUGAUACUCCUGCCUUUUGUUCUGGGGAAAGCACACAAGAGCGAAUUCAAAAAAGUCACAGAUGAAAAGGCCAUAUUAAAAAGAUGGUAGGACAAAAACAAAUUAUCCUUGAACCUAAGUAAAACUAAAAUAAGGCUAUUUGGUAAUAGCAGGAAGGAUACGUACGACCAAAUCCAAAUACACAGAGUGGACACUGAAAGAGUGAAGGAAAAUUAAUUUCUGGCCAUCAUAAUACAGGAGACAAAAUGAGCUGGAAAUCUCACAUCAAAAAUAUAAAACAUAAAGUGGAAAGAAAUGCUUCAAUAUUGAAUAAAGCAAAAUUUGUUCUUGAUCAAAAAUCAUUCCAUACUGUUCUUUGGUGUUACCAUAUCUAAGUUAUUGUGUGUAGAUACGGGGUGACAACUACAGAAGCAAUCUUCACUCGCUAAAUGGUCUGCAAAAAAGAUCAGUUAGGAUCAUCUGUAAUGCCGCGUAUAGAGAACAUACAAAUCUACUUCUAAAAUCACAAAUAUUAAAAUUUGCUGAUCUAGUAAAGCUAACAAAUAACCUAUUACUCAAAAAUGUCAUAAAAUACUUUCCUACAAGAGAGGUGAAAUAUGAUCUUUGGGAAAAAUUAAACUUGAAACACUUAUAUGCGACAACAACGCUAAAAACCCACAACAUUUCAGUAUGUGGAAUGGAUUGAGUAAGGGACUCAAAAGUGCCAAGAGCUAUUUCAAGAAACAAUACAAACAGUUGAUGUUGAUGAACAGGGAAGAAGAGUCUUGAACUUGUUUGUCUCAAUUCAUUAUUAAACCAUACAAUAUUAUCAAUAUUGAUUAUUAUAUUAUUACUAUUACUGAUUAUUAUAUGUGAUUUUUAUUUAUUAUACAAAAUAAUAAUAAAUAUAAAUAUUGUAAUACAUAUAAAAUAAUCAUGACUUAAAAAAAAUCACAUAUGGAAUACAGGAAGUGAAUAUAUGUACUGCAAUAGAUGUGGAAUGGAUGGGGGGUAGGAUAAAAAAAAGCUUUGCUUCUUCCUAUGACUUUUAGACAUGCGGAACUGUGAAUUUAAUUACCGUAUUUUCACGACCAUAAGGUGCACUUGAGCCUUAAAUUCAUUUCAGAGUGGCCUUUUCUUGUGGGCAGUCUAAGGCACACCUGUGCACUAAUUAUGGUGUCUAUAAUCAGCAUCUUUAUACUGCACACCUGUGAGGUGGGAUGGAUUAUCUCAGCAAAGGAGAAGUGCUCACCAUCACAGAUUUAGACAGAUUUGCCAACAAUAUUUAAGAGAAAUGGUGAUAUUGUGUAUGUGGAAAACGUUUUAGAUCUUUGAGUUCAUCUCAUAAAAAAUGGGAGCAAAAACAAGUGUUGGGUUUAUUUUGUUGAGUGUAUCCACACAAGGGCGUAACGUUGGGUCUACCAUUGGGGGGGUUAAAAUCUUUGCCUGUUUAUUUCCUUCUCUUUGGUCACCUGUUCAGCAAUCACAUUCUCGAACCUUAUAUAUAUAUAAAAAAAAAGCUUAGUUAAUGUUCAAAUGGUAACAGGCCAAUUAAUAAUGACAAGUGACGUCAAAGCAGAAUUUAAGGAAAUACAUUCAGGUAUGUCCCAAAGCUUGUCAAGAUUCACGACAUGAAGUCGCUCUACACCUUUUUUUUUCUCUAUCCUGUCCAGCCUUUAAAGCAGAUAGAAUUGUAGAUCUAAAUGGUCAAGUGCUCAACAGGUUUAGUCUGCCAGGGAGAAGUGUGAUAUACACAUUUGGAGGCG